AAAAUGAUUUCUAUAGUCCCAUCAUUUUCAUUGUGUUUGAUUUCCCUCUUUUUGUAGUUUCAAACUUUUCUAUGGAUACAAGACAGAGAAGCAUUAGAAUAGCAAUGUUGCCAUGGCUAGCACAUGGUCACAUAUGUCCCUUCAUAGAACUAGCCAAAGCACUCUCCAAGAGAAAUUUCUACAUAUACAUAUGUUCCACACCAGUCAAUAUCAAUUCUUUCAAAGAAACAAUUUCAGAAAAAGAUUCAAUUUCAAUAAAGAUAGUGGAACUUCACCUUCCAAAUUUACCUGAACUUCCUCCUCACUACCACACCACAAAUGGCCUACCACCCCAUCUCAUGUCCACUCUAAAAAAUGCUUUAGAUAUGGCCAAACCAAGCUUUUUUCAAAUACUUAAUACUUUGAAGCCAGAUUUGGUUAUGUAUGAUUUUCUUCAGCCAUGGGUUCCAACUAUGGCUGCUUCACAGAAUAUACCAUCUGUUCUAUUUCUUACUCCUGGUGCAGCAGCAAGUUGUUAUCUUUUUCAUAUUGGUAGAAAGAAGCUUGUUUCUGAAUACCCUUUUUCAGCUAUUUAUCUUAGAGAUCAUGAGUACGACAGGAAUAGACAUAUGUUUGAACCGACUGAUGAUGAUGGAUAUACAGAUACACAGCGAAGAGUCAAUGGAUGCAUAGAUGGAUCAUCUGAAAUCAUCUUGAUCAAGACUAUCAGAGAGCUAGAAGGAAAAUACAUGGAUUUUCUCUCUACUUUAUGCGACAAAAGGUAUGUUCCAGUUGGACCACUUGUUAGAGCGGCAGAAACAGAGCAUGAGAAUUCAGAGGUAAUGAAGUGGCUAGACAGUAAACAAAGAUGUUCCACAGUUUUAGCUUCAUUUGGGAGUGAGUAUUUCCUGUCAAAGGAGGAAAUGGAAGAACUGGCUUAUGGGUUAGAGCUCAGCAAGGUGAAUUUCUUGUGGGUUGUGAGAUUUCCAGUGGGAACAAAAAUCACCCUAGAAGAAUCGCUACCAAAAGGUUUUCUUGAUAGAAUUGGGAACAGAGGAAAAGUAGUACAAGGAUGGGCUCCACAGUUAAGAAUUUUGCAACAUUCAAGUAUAGGUGGAUUUGUGAGCCAUUGUGGAUGGAGUUCAGUAAUGGAAGGACUUAAACUUGGAAUUCCAAUUAUAGCUAUGCCAAUGCAUCUUGAUCAGCCGCUUAAUGCUAAGUUGGUAGUAGAUGCAGGGGUAGGUGAAGAGGCUGUUAGGGACAAAAAUGGAAAUCUUGAUAGACAAGAGGUGGCAAAGGUCAUAAGGAAAGUGGUGGCAGAGAAAACAGGGCAGAGAUUGAGAAAAAGAGCAAGAGAGUAUAGUGAAAUUUUGAAGAGUAAUGGAGCCAAAGAAAUAGAUGAAGUUGUUGAAGAGUUGCUAAAACUUUGUAGGCUUACAACAAGACACGAUUCUACUGAACUGCUUUACUAAAUUACACGCUUUUUCCUUCAAUUUUCUUUUUCCUUUUGGUAAUUUACUUCCCACCAAAAUAAAUAUAGAUCAGUGUACAAUAUUAUCAAUUUUCAUAAUAUGAAAUUGUAGCAUCCAAUUUCAUUUAUUUGUGUA